UUUCGACCUAGGCAUAUUCAGAAAGGUAACUAGUUGCAGAUUUAGGAUUUUGAUACGGAAGGUACAAUAUUUUGCCUCGUUUAGAUACGAUUUGGAUGUGAAUGUGGAAAAUGCCCAACAUUUGAGUUGAGAUUAUGGAAAUUGCUGUAUUUGAGAGGAUAUUGUACCGAUCCGUAUCACUCUUUAAAUUUACCAUAUUAAUGUCGACAUAUCAAGCCCAAGCUGCAAAUGAUUUGAGUGCAUCUUUCACCUGUAACGAGGUGAUAAACAACUAAAAGUCUAGCGGAUAAAAAUAGCUCUACGUCACUUGUAUGACGACGUAAUAGGUAAGCAAAGGAUUUCCCCACGUGAUACGAUGUUUGUUAAUGUAUUGACAAACGAUUUUUACUAAAAAUAUGCGACGCUUGAAAGAAUUUUACUUUUAUAUGAAUAUGCUGUUAUUACUUGUUAUUUUACUCGGGACACCUUAACCCCGCUGUGUGAUGAGGGAAUUUGAAAUUCCUGCAAAAAAACGCCUCUGCCCUGGUGCGAUUCCAUCGCGUUAUCCUAAGAGGAAAGUGGACGACCUCAACCUUGCCUUCCUCUCUUCGCCCGAGCCUAAACCCAAGCGCCAGGCUGACGCCAAGCUGGAGAAAAAUAGGAUAUUAUCAGAAUUGAUACCCGAGAACGAAAGUACUAGCAAGGCAGUAUCAGAGGAUAGGAUGGAAGUACCUGAGAUUGAAAAGAUGGAAGUAGAUAAUCCAGAACCAGGUGAAACAGUGAGUAUAAUAAAUGGUACAAAUUACUGUAACACGUUUUGUAUGAAUUAUUGUGUAGUAGCUGACACAGGCAAUUACAUCUCUUGGGGUCAAAUUUACUAUUAACGAUUAAAGGUAUAGAACUCUAAAUAUAGGGUACCCAAGUAAUUUACUUGGGGACAUUUUAUUUCACCAAUUACUCAGAUAAACAUUUAUGAAGAUGUGACAGUACACCCACAAUUAUUUACUGGUGGGUUUUAUUUCAACGAUUUUUCCAUUUGUUUUGACAUAGAAAGGUAAUAGCCCAGA